GUUUUGUCAUGCGCGAAAAGAAGUGACUCCGUCAACCUCCGUAUCAUUCCUAGCCUGUCCAGUGUUUUCUGCUAAAAAUACUAGAUUUCUAGACUAGAUCCUAUAUUUUAAAUAAACUGGACUGCUGAAGUGUAGAGCCUCUUCACAGGAUGGAAAACCUGAAUGAAAGCUUCCAGUAUUGCAUAGAGGUACAAGAGGGCCUGGAGAGUGAUGAUGGUAAAGUUAUUAUCAUUUACAACUAUGAUGGAGUUGACCUUACCCCAGAACUUCUGGCUAAAACUUUAGAGGAGCUUUCAACUCAAACAAGUCUACAGAGGACUGGUGCUAUGACAGAGCUUUCAGCCCAGGCAAGUCUACAGAGGACUGGUGAUUUGACAGAGGCAACUGUUCCCAGUCUAGAUGAGAUCCAGCUUGAUCCAGUCAUGCUGACCAGUCCAGUGAUCAAGGUAGAGGAGAGUGUUGAGCCCAGUCAUGUGACUGCUGCACCAGACACUGCCAGGACUAACAGUAGUGCCGGGGAAAUGCCUCAACUCACCCUGCUCAAAGCUGAAGACCUAAGGCAUGAAGCUGCUGAGUCUGUUGUGUUCCAUCAAAGUAAUGUUGACUUGACCAGUGGCAGCAAAGAUGGAGCUGCUGAGUCUGUUGUGUUCCAUCAAAGUAAUGUUGACUUGACCAGUGGCAGCAAAGAUGGAGCUGCAUGGCUUGAUGAGCCCGACAGAUGGCAAGCUAAGGAUCUACCUUGUUCAAACAGAGAGAAGGUUCUCAAACUAGAGGCCAAAUGUGAGCCAGCAGACUCAGAAGAGGAUGAGGACAAACAGGAGCAUUGUUGUGAUAGCUGUGCCUUUGUGUGCCAGGGGGAAAUAGAGCUACAGAGGCACAAGAAAAGAGAGCAUAGAGUCAAGGAUCCUUUUGUGUGCAGGCACUGUGGGAAAAGUUUUCAGCAUGAGCUCAGCCUUGUUGUUCACAAACUAGGCCACAAGACCAAGAUGACAAGCCUGCUGACAAAGGUCAGCCAAACUUUUUCUUGUCCACUCUGUCAGUUUGAGUACCAAAAGAAAGGUCAGGUCACAGCCCACAUGAGGACAGCCCACAGCAGUAAAAACUUUGUGCUCUGCUCCAGGUGCAGCUACGCUUGCCUGAACCAGGCGCAGCUGAGCGCCCACAUGGCUUCAGCUGCCCACGAGGGACGUACAUUGUGUCCACUGUGUGGCACAUCCACUAAAGAUAUACGCCAACAUAUCAGACGCACGCACAAUGAAAAUCGUCCAUAUUUGUGUACACAGUGUGGCUUUAAGGCCAAGACCUGGACCCAUUUGAAUACUCACAUGGUCAUCCACGAGCCAGUGAAGCGAGUAAUCUGUGAGCUGUGCCAGUACAGGUGUCACACAAAAGAUCAGCUCAAGAAACAUCUGGUCAAACAUUCCAGUCAAAAAGAUUUCAAGUGUGCUUUGUGUCAAUUUGCCUGCAAAACUAAAAUGAGUUUAAAGAGACACAUGCAAAUCCAUGAAGCUCCCAACAAGUAUGUUUGCUACAUCUGCCAGUUCAGCACCCACGACAAGCUGAUUCUACGACAGCACAAAUCCCAGGAACAUGUCCUGAAAGCUUCUUACAAGUGCCGUGAGUGCCUGCUGGAGUUUGGGCGGGUGGUGGAGCUGAAGAAACAUGCCUUGGCUGAGCACAAGAGUGAAUGGACCCACUUUUGUUCCUACUGUGACUUUGUUGGUCAGACCCUGACUGAGUUGCGCACACACAUGCAGAGCCACUUUGGUAAAUUUAGCUUCUCCUGUGAUGUGUGUGGGUACAUGUGCAGACUGAAAGCCUCCUACCAGCGACAUAUGGAGAGACACAAGAAGGUCAAAAGGUUUUCAUGCACUCUAUGUGCGUACGCCAGUGUGGAGAAGUAUGACUUGCAGAAACAUUAUGUACAUCGUCAUUCAGAAGAGAAACCCCUGGCCUGCCCUUAUUGUGCUUACCGCUGCAAAUUCCAGCCACGCCUCAAUAACCACAUCUCGUAUGUGCACAGUGAUGUCAAACCUUUCUUCUGCAAAAUCUGCUCCUACACUGGCAAGUCUGCAGAGAACCUGAAGAAACACAUGGCCAACCACGGCGUUCUCAUCAAGUCCUUACACUGUGUGCUCUGUGACUAUGCUACUGCAGAAAAAGCCAAAUUAAAACGUCACAUGCAGGUGCAUGUUAAAAAAGCAGUAUUUCAGUUCCAAGAGCCUUUGGCAGCCUGAUUCAUUCUUGUUCCUCUGGAACUAGUUGUACUUGUAGAGUUAAAUCAUAAUAAGCAUUAUAGUGAUAUAAAUAACAUUAAAUAGUUAUACAUAAAUUUAUCGUCAUUAUCUACUAUGUUGGAGGGAUAGAGAUGCCUAUGACCUACUCACACUUUUCACAUUUUUAUAUUUGAAAAAUGUAAAUCACAAAAAUGUAUGUAACCGAGGGGUUAAUAUUGUUGUCCAUUCGCAGCACAUUGUUGGGACAAGGAGGUUUUCUAAAGCUGGGCACACUCAUUCACAUUUAAACAGAACUAGAACCAAACAAAUUAAAACUGGUUCACUCACGGUUCAAAUCAUCCCUUGACACAUUUACACCACUGGCAAACAAUCCAGUCAGACCUUCAACAGAUAUAGUGACAUCUUGAUGACAGCUACAAAAACAUUUGGCCAAAAGGUAUUGUGACAUGUAGCACAACCAUACAACAGUAGCUCUACCAGGUGGCUGGGCAUUGUGCUGACCACACUAUCCCUUCAAAGGUGGCAGAAACAAGUGGACUCCAUUUGAUCUGCCCUAUAGACCACUAGGCAUGUAACGGCACUCGACAGUUGUAACCUGCACCCAAUUAAAAACCACAGUUUUACUUUACAGACACCCUCUUGCAUGUGUGUAGUUGACAAGAUUAGUGUGUGACAACCUAUGUAGUUUACAAGAUUAAUGUGUAGUUGACAAGUUUAGUGUGAAGCUGACAAAAUUGGUUUGUCAGUGUGGGUGAGUUAUAUACAAGGACCCACGGUCUAGAUGACAUCAAGAAUUAGAUUCCACAACUUUUCUUCCUGACAUACAAAUGAUAACAUUUGAAUAAAACAAGUAUUAAAAAAACCUUCA